GCGGGGGGCUCUCCCCACUCCCUCUCGGCGCCGCUCGCCCGCCGAGCGCAGCCGCCGCGGCGGGGAGGGCCCGACGUGCCGCACCAUGGGCAGCCAGGGCUCUAAGGCGGCCAAGGCGGAGGGCAGCGUCCCGCCGAGCGGCCACGCCGCUGCCACCGAGCCCGCCAAAGCCAACGGGCAGGAGAACGGCCAUGUGAGGCUCAACGGGGACAUGACCCCCAAAGUGGGCGGUGAAGCGACACCCCUGAACGGGAACGGCUCGGCCGAAGCCCCGAAGGAGGAGGAGAGCAAGGGCGAGGCGGGCGGCGGGGACGCCAUCGAGCCCGCGCCCCCCGCCGAAGGGGGAGACGCCAAACCCGAGGGUGCCGCCGCCCCCAAGGACACCCCCAAGAAGAAGAAGAAGUUCUCGUUCAAGAAGUCCUUCAAGCUGAGCGGCAUCUCGUUUAGGAAGAACAAGAAAGAAGCGGGGGACUCCUCUGGGUCCUCUCCCUCGGAGGACCAAGGCAAGGUGGAGGCCAAGGGCGAGGAGAGCCCCGCGGCUGAGCCCUCGGCUCCCCCCGAGGAGGCGCCGGCGGAGGAGCAGAGCGGGGCCGCGGCCAGCGAGCCCAAGAGGGAGGAUGCAGAAGCGGGAGAAAGCAAGGAGGAGGAGAAGCAGCAGCAGGCUGGGGAAAGCCACGGGGAUACAGCCAAACCAGAGGAGCCCUCGAAAGCGGCGGGGGCUGAGCCCACGGCAGCUCCGGCGGAGCAGAAGGAAGAGUAGAGCCCGCUUGGCACCGGCAGAACUAAGGACUCUUCCGCCAUCCUCUCCAUCCCGGUAACACCACGGACUCGCCCACACCCACCCCGGCCCACCUAGGACUGACAACUCUUUCUAAAACAAAACCCCACCAAACCCACCACUUCUCCCCUCAGUUAUUUCUUCCCCUUCCCCUGUUAGAAAGCUGGUUUGGAUUCCCACCGCCACGACUUGGAGUAGCUGUACCUGAAUCCUUUCACUCCGUGGAGGAAGACGAUCCUGGACGUAACUGGAAUUUACAGUUGUGAGCACCCAGCUGCCCCCUGCCCUGGCUCUGGCCCCUCCGUGCCCAGCAGCCUCCAGAGCCCAGCCAGGGACUGCUCCAUGGAUUCUUCUUCUUUUUUUCCCCCCCUCCUUCCUCAGUUUACAUUCCUGGUUCCGACUUCAUUUAAAGUAUUUUGUGCUUUUUAUAGAAAUGGAUGGUUUAAAAGCUAAUCUGGUUAGGUUUUGGUUUUUCUUUUUAUAAUGUCUUACUCUUGGCUUAAACCCCUAAAGCUUGUAAGUCCGCUGUGUUUCAUUCUGCUUCUGAGGGAUCACUUUUUGGGGUGUGGGGUGGAGGGGAGGGACCUUGCCAGCUGUAAAAUGUGAAGCCACAUUGUUUUCUCUGUAAAUAAUUUCUUCUUCUUUUUUUUUAAUGGCCAAAACACUUGAUUUGCAAUUUUCUAACUUCUAAAAAAGGAGAAAAAAAAAGGCAAAAAACCCCCCCAAAGCGAGCUGUAUGGGCUUUCUUGUAACACUUGAAAGGAAUAAAUGGUGACCCCUUGAUGGGUGA